AAAACAACGGCGCGCAGUGAACGCAUCCGCAUUUCCCCUCUCGUUUGAUAUAUCACAAGCGGUGUGUGUUGUUGCAUUACUUUUUUUGUCAUCUUCUAUUUGCAAAUUCAGUUGCUCGGGAUCUGAACGGGUUAACGUAGGAGUAAAAGAUUUGCCAGCGACUUGGGAUCUGACGUCAACGCAAGCAAAAAGGCAAGAACGGACCGCGGGACGCCUGGACAUACGUACAGGAGAUACACAUUGUGGGAGACACGCCGGGGAACGGUGAAUUGUAAUAAUAAUUAAAAACAGAAACGGGGUCGUUCUAAUGAAAUAUCACUGCACAGUCUGUCUCCGUGAGAUACACAAUGCAUCCAUUGUGUGUUAUAAGGACACCGCUGGAAGCGUGAUGUUUAAAAACGUUUGCUAAUCAGAUUUGUUUAUUGUUCUUGCAAGUGUGGAAGAUGGCAGCUAACAUGUACAGGGUAGGAGAUUAUGUUUACUUUGAGAACUCUUCCAGCAACCCAUAUUUAGUGAGACGAAUCGAAGAACUGAAUAAGACUGCAAAUGGAAACGUGGAAGCCAAAGUGGUCUGUUUCUACAGGAGACGAGAUAUCCCUAGCAACCUCAUUGCACUGGCUGAUAAACACUCAAAGGAGCUGGAAGAGGAGAUUGAAGGGGAGAGUUUGCAGCAGCUGACUGAGAAACAGAUACAUCAGCUGAGGCACAGAGAGCUCUUCCUGUCCAGGCAGCUGGAGUCACUACCAGCCACUCAUAUACGCGGGAAGUGUUGCGUCACUCUGCUGAAUGAAACGGAAGCACUCUUUUCCUACCUAGACAAAGAGGACAGUUUCUUCUACUGCCUGGUCUAUGAUCCACAACAGAAGACACUGUUGGCGGACAAGGGCGAGAUCCGAAUUGGGCCGCGAUUCCAGGCCGAUAUCACAGACCUCAUGAAAGAAGAUGAAACUGACGAUAGGGAUCAGACAGAACUGGAAACAAAGAUCUGGGAGCCAGAGAGUCCGUUAACUGAUGAGCAGAUAGACCAGUUCCUGGUUAUUGCACGCUCCGUCGGCACCUUUGCCCGCGCACUGGACUGCAGCAGCUCCAUCAGACAGCCCAGUCUACACAUGAGCGCCGCGGCUGCAUCCAGAGACAUCACCCUGUUCCAUGCCAUGGAUACCCUGCACCGGUGCAGCUAUGACAUGUCGUGUGCGAUCACUGCCUUGGUGCCUCAGGGGGGUCCGGUGCUGUGCCGGGAUGAGAUGGAGGAAUGGUCCGCCUCCGAGGCAAACCUCUUCGAAGAGGCGCUGGAGAAAUACGGCAAGGACUUCGUCGACAUUCGACAGGACUUUCUACCUUGGAAAUCCUUAACCAGUAUUGUGGAAUAUUACUACAUGUGGAAGACCACUGACAGAUACGUGCAACAGAAACGUUUAAAAGCGGCCGAAGCAGAAAGCAGACUGAAGCAAGUUUAUAUCCCAAACUACAACAAGCCCAACCCGAACCAGAUCGGUGGUAACAGUGUGAAGACAGACCUGGUGAAUGGGUCAGGGUCUCAGGGUCAGAACAGCAGUGUGGGCCGGGCCUGUGAAAGCUGUUACUCUACCCAGUGCUCUCAGUGGUACUCUUGGGGUCCUCCCAGCAUGCAAUGCAGGUUGUGUUCCACCUGCUGGAAUUACUGGAAGAAGUAUGGUGGCCUGAAGAUGCCAACAAGACUGGAGGGUGAGAGGCUGGGGCCCAAUAGGAACAGCAUGAGCCCCUUUGGAUACUGGGUAAAGAACGCCAACCCCAAAUACACACUGAAGACCAAGCAAGCCUUCUACCUCCAGACCACCACGCUGACCAAAAUCGCUCGCCAGCUGUGCCUGGCCCUCCUGCAGCCUCGCCGGGCAGCUCGCAGACCCUUUGUACCGGUCAACAGCGCGGAGAUCAAAGCACAGUGCUCGGCAACACUACCAGACGAAGCCAAGCUGUUAGUCAAAAUGAGGCCGAUGGUGAGGAAGCCCUUGGAAACAAUCGUGAAAUACAUGGAGCUGCACCCAUAUAUCAAGCCAGAGCCGGUCAAAUCUACUAUGAGCCUGAUUCCCCACAAGAGCAGUGCCAGCGUGGCAAAAGUGGUUCCAGUCAUCAACCACGGCUCCACCACCAUCCUGGGCAAGCGCAGCUACGAGCAGCACAACGGAGCUGAAGGUCAAUGUCUUGGAAAUAUGAAGAAAAGGCUACUGAUGCCAUCUAGAGGUUUGCCAAACCACAGUCAAGUGCGACAACUUGCCAGCCUCAAUAAGAGUUACCUGCUGAAUGGAAAGUCCUAUGAGAAACCCCAGCGGAUGAUGAAGCACGGCUCUCUACCGCCGCUCAAGGACCGGAGAAUGAACUGGAUCGACGCUCCUGAUGAUGUCUUCUUCAUGGCCAAUGAAGACACCAGAAAAGUCCGCAAACUCCUGGCUUCCUUCGAUGUCAAGAGAGCAGCCAGGCAGCCUUACAAACAAAUCUUCAUCAAGCACAUUGAAUCCGAGCUGGAUGUCCCAGCACAGCUUCGACACCCGGUCAACGAGGAGCCUAUCAUCAUCGAAGACUAAACCCUCCUCCCCCUUCGCUCACAAGCCGAGUGGAUUAACAACAAAGCAACCCCUGAACUCGUAGCGGCCGCAGCGUGUUAGACCUGCAAAACACCGUAGCGACCCCUGCCAUCAAGAACGAAAUCAAGGAGUUUUAUCGAAACUUUAUAAGACAAACGGAAAGCUGGACCAGAACUUUGAAAACUUUGAACGGUUUUAACUCGAGACACCUGUGGGGAAUUGGAGAUCCAACAUCAAAACAGGAUUUUUAGGGGGGGUUUUUUGUACAAAUGCAGUGGGUUUUUUUCUUUUUUUUGGGGGGGGGGGGGGAACGGAACUUUGUCUGUGUGUGUUAUUUCACAGAAGGUGGUUUUGCUGGAUUCAUCGCAGGUUUGUACUCCAAUGUGAAUUCAUGUUGUCGAAGGAAAGAACUGGUUGCAUUGACCUAACCUGACGCUACAAGGAGCAGCAGGCGGAUCUCUCUUUGCGUGACGGACAGGCUUGAGAAAAGAAAAACUUGAAUGGGCUGCUGCUGAAACUGUCUGAGGAAAUGUAACAGUUCAAAGAUUGGGAAACUAAGACUUCAGUAAACAAAGAAUCAAUAUGUUAAAGAAUAAGUAGCUUCAAAUGUUAUUUUAAUUGUGUGUGUUUUUUUUACUCUGUUGUCAGUCAUUGUAAGCGGUUCUGGCUUCUUUUUCUCCAGUGUUGAGUUAUUAUAAUUUUUCUAGAAAUAUGCUUUUUACCUGGCUUUGAGCUUACCUGGAGAAUCCUAAGUGUCAGGACCGAACAGCCUUCCUCGUCCCAUUUAAAAUAAGCGACUUUGUGACUUUUCAACUAACCCUGUUCUAUAUAUAUAUAUAUAUAUAUAUA